GAUGGGCUGCUGAUGUAGGAUUAAUGGCAAGUAAUUAUAAAGAAAACCAACUAGUAGGAUUGAAAUGUGACAUUUUCAAAUUGCGCGAAAUUUGGUUGGGAGUCUUAUUUUGCCGUGGUUGACAAACUAGUGGCUAUGCCAAUAACCCCAUCUUAUUUUUGACAAAUUUCACUGUUUAGGUCCUCAAAUGAGUAAAUGUUUUAGGGACAUUUUCGUAUUUGUGUUUUCUACUACAUUAGGGCUAUAGCUGGUCCUAGGGCUUAUUAUCUUUUAUCUUUGAAGAGAUAUACUGAAAACCAGACCCGAGAGUUUCUCUCAAUUUGGUGGAUUCCAAUGUGAUUUUUCUUGAUUUAACAUUGGUUUAAUCUUGUUCGUAGUUUCUGCCUGCUUUAGCUUGCCAAGCCCAACAUGACACAUUUAGGGUUGCCUCUAUGGCAUCUUAGUAGCACCCAUGGAUUUCCAUUCACUAACAUGAGUUUGUGAAGUUAGUGCAUCUUUCUUGGACCCCUGCUCUGGCACAUAGUGCCAUAGAAUUCUUGGCUUGUACUGCAGUGGGUGUCUGUGGAAUAAGCUCAUCCACACGUCUCGAGUGUGAAAUAUCUAUUGGUGGCCAAAUCUAGGUGAAAAGUUUAGGGUAGUGACAACUUUGUCUUAACAAAAGACAGCUAGAAAUGUUAGUCUCCAAAGGUUAUAUACCCUUUAUAGCCCAAGCAUUGACCCUUCAGAGAAGAACUCAAACCCUAAAGAAGUAAUCAACUAUGAAGAGGAGAAGAAACCAGUGAAGCUUCAACACGUCAGUCAGGCUCUUUCUGUUGUCACGUCAUUUGAACCAUUAUAGGCCAUGUCCUUCCGAAUGGUCCUACAGUUGGGAUCCAAUAAAAGACAGUACACCAUUGUCUCCGUCUAAUGCCUACGCUCCACUGCCAUUAAUUCCAGACCUGCAAAGCAAAAACCCUCAAAAGCUUCCACAUUAAUCAUUGAAUCUUCAGUGCAUAUAAAAACACAGAGAUCAAGAAACUUCCAUCUGCCACUCGUCAUCACCUCACUUGCCACCAAAAGUUUUCCCAGACACGUGGCUUGUAUCAAGUUACCCUCUUUGGGAGUCUCUGUUGCGGAGAAAUGUCGAUCAGAAGAAUCAGUUUCCUUCAACUCACAAAAGGAAUUUAAUUAUUUUUAUUAAUCAAUCAAUCAGUAGUAACACCAUAUAAACGUAACACGUGUUGCCACGUGUAGUGAUUGAGCCCUUCAAUGCAGUGUGGCCACGAACCAGGGUCAAGUCAUAGGACCAGCUAACUUGGUUUUUGGUGCUUACAAAAGGUGGUCACAGUGUGUUAUGCGGAAGCAAAUUGUUUCUCCUUCUGGGUUGUCUUGAGUGGUUUUCCUUUUUCCUUCCUCGAGUGUUUUUGCUUUGUGGGGUAUGGGGCUCUCCAACUUUCCUAUUAUAGCAGAGGGAUUGCUACCUGUGCUGGUGAUGAACACAGUGUUGUCAUUGACUUUGUUGAAGAACAUUUUAAGGACUCUGCUUCACCUGGUGGGUGCUGCCAAUAGAGAGAAUUAUCCAGAGUUUCAAGAAGACCCAGAUGAGUGUCUACCUGAAAAUGGAAGUAGGAGAAGAGUAUCAAUAACCCAAUUCAAGUCUCUGUGUCAAGGCAAUGGCAAUGGCAGCAGCAGAAGCAGAGAGUGUUGUGUGUGUUUAUGUGGGUUUGAAGCAGAAGAGGAGGUCAGUGAAUUGUCCUGCAAGCAUUUUUUUCACAAAGGCUGUUUAGAAAAAUGGUUUGAUAACAAACAUACCACUUGCCCCCUCUGUCGAUCUAUUCUCUAAGAUUAAUUAGAUUGAAUUUCUAUAGGAAGUUGUCUUUUUGAAAUCCACUCAUCUUUUUAUUGGUUACCCUUGUGUUGUACUCUUUUUAUUGUUCUGUUGCCAGUUAUACUUGAUUUUUGACUGAAAUCAGAGAAGUCUAUCUUUGCUUUUGAAUAUAUAUUAGUGUUACUGUGCUUACAUGCACCGGACUCAAGAAAUAUGUAACAUUAAACAGAGAUUUCAGGCA